AUGGCAUUCGUCGAUGUUGUUACUGCUAACAAGCCUCUCCUUGUCGCACUGAUAGUGUUGGGUCUACUCACAAUCAAGUUUGUCUAUGUCGGUCUCACAUGUCCUACAAGACACCUUCCCGGGCCGUGGUACACUCGCUUCACACACUACCGCUUGAAGCGCGCUGUCGUCACUGGUCAACGUAUAUUCUACAUCGAUGCUCUCCACAAACAAUAUGGCCCAAUUGUCCGACUCUCGCCUACUGAGGUUGGUGUGGCAGACCUCGAUGCCUUCAAGGAAAUCCAUAAGAUCGGAACAAAGUACAUGAAAAGUGAAUGGUACCUACGAUUGGCAAACUUCCCUAAGGCUGGCGUGUUCACAAUGCUGGAUCCUCGUGAGCAUGGUGCCAGAAGGAAGCUCCUCUCACGAUCCUUCAGCAGGUCUUAUCUCGUUGAGAACUGGGAGCCAGCUGUUCGUGAGAAGGCACUGCUUGUCGUGACGAAGAUCAAAGUCGAUGCAAUGCAGAGCACUGCAGACGUAUACAACUGGUGGAUGCUUCUUGCUUCGGAUGUUAGCGCUCACCUUGCCUUUGGCGAGUCGUUCCGCAUGCUAGAAACAGGACACGCGAACCAGUUUAUUCGCGUGCUGAAGAAACUGACCAUGGGUGCAGGCAUAAUGGUGGAGAUGCCAUUCCUUCGCCUUCUACGCUUCGUCCCGAUCAACGCCGUACAGGAGAUGUUCAAUGCCAACGAAUUCAUCCUGACAGGCGCAGGUCGAGCAGUCGAGAUGGCACGCUCUCGCACAGGUGAGUCAAACAUCUUCGCCAAGGUCAUCGAAGACUGCGAAAAGGAGGGCGAGGGCCAUAUCGACGACAUGGACGUCAGAAUCGAAGCAAUGAACAUCAUCAUUGCUGGUACCGAUACCACUGGUGUCACAUUGACUUAUCUGACUUGGGCUGUCCUCCAACAACCACAGCUGCAGUCAGCGCUCGAAGUAGAGACGGCAGGCUUGAGGGAAAACUUCACAGAAAGUGAUUUAAUCAAUCUACCUUUACUCAACGCCACAAUCGAGGAGACUCUACGCCUAUAUGGCGCUGCCCCAAGUAGUCUGCCCCGCGUUGUACCGCAAGGUGGCACCAGAUUUUCUGGUCACUAUAUCCCACAAGGUGUCACUGUCGAUACUCAAGCAUACACAUUCCAUCGCGACCCCCGAAUCUGGAGUGAUCCUCUUACAUUCGACCCACAGCGAUGGAUCUCGUCCCAAGAAGGCUACACGGCGGAAGCACUUUCGCCCGACGCCAAGACUGCUUUUCAUCCUUUCGGCGUGGGCGCGCGAUCGUGUAUUGGCAUCCACCUUGCACGCAUGGAGCUGAGGUAUGCGGUUGCGUUUUUCUUCCGAGAGUGUAGGGGUAUUCGUCUAGCACCGAGCACGACACUUGAGAGCAUGGAGUUUGAGAACUUCUUCUUGAUCGCACCGAAGGCUCAUCGUUGCGACAUAACGUUUCAACAGUAA